AUGGUUUAUACUGGUAAGCAGAGUUCAAUCGCAGGUCAUGGUCAUGCUGAAACAGUUGUAAGGCAAUUGGUAAAUGAUCUUUUGGGAUGUUAUCGAACUGUGGGAACUGACAACUUCUUUACAACUAUUUCUCUUGCACAAUAUUUAUUACAAAAUGAUACAUAUCUUAUUGGAACAUUCAGGAGUAAUCGUGCUGGAUCAUUACAUGAAGUAGCUAAGAAAAAGCUCAAGCAUGGUGAAAUUUAUGGCCUUCAAAACAAAGAUGGUAUCAAAUUAAUCAAGUGGAAAGAUAAAAGAGAUGUCUUGAUGAUAUCUACAAAGCCACCACAUUCAGCAACCGUGGUAGAUACGGAAAAAAAAACAAAUAAGUUAAACGAACGUAUUAUGAAACCACAAGUUGUAAUGGAUUACAAUCAAGGAAAACAAGGUAUAGAUCUAUCUGAUCAGCUCUCAUCAUAUUAUACAUGCCUCAGACGAUCUAUAAAAUGGUAUCAAAAAGUGGCAUUUGAGCUGAUAUUUGGAACAUCAAUAGUUAACGUCUAUUUGAUUUACAAGGAAACGUAUGAAACAAGCCAUAUGACAAUGCUACAGUUUCGUGAAAGUCUCGUGCGAUCUUUACUUCUUGGUACACCAUUCGAGAAUCUGAAACCUGGCCCGAGACAACAGCCAACAAGUCAUUUGAAGUGCAAACUCGCUGAUCACAAGCUUGAAGAAAAGGAAAGAUUUACGCGCAGUGUUGGCAGACGGUGUACUGGCUGCUAUGCAAUGGGUGAGGGUAGGGCACACCAGUCAAGGGAAGCAAGCAAUGCAGCGGCAAAGAAAGUAAAAACUUUCUGCUCUGACUGCGAUAAAUUUUUUUGUCUUGAGUGUUUUCAUGAUAAGCAUUUUGCUAUGGAAUAA